GUCAUUACACUUCUUCUUAAACCUCUCUCUCUCUCUCUCUCUCUCUCUCUCUCUCUAACAGUUUCCUUCAAUUGAAUCAAAAUGCAUUCCUUUGGUUACAGAGCGAACGCUCUAUUCACGUUCGCAGUUACGAUUCUCGCUUUCAUCUGUGCUAUAGCUUCCUUCACCGAUACACUCAAUUCUCCAUCUCCCACUGUUGAAGUCAAGGUUUUGAAUAUCAACUGGUUUCAGAAACAGCCGAAUGGGAAUGACGAGGUUAGCUUGACUCUGAAUAUAUCAACAGAUUUACAGACCCUUUUCACGUGGAACACAAAACAGGUUUUUGUAUUUUUAACCGCUGAAUAUGUAACUCCAAAGCAUGCCUUGAAUCAGAUAUCUCUCUGGGACGGAAUCAUUCAGUCUAAAGAGCACUCAAAGUUUACAAUCACCACAUCGAAUAAAUACCGCUUCAUCGAUCAGGGAAGCAAUUUGCGCGGCAGAGAAUUUAACUUUACUUUGCACUGGCAUGUUAUGCCAAAGACUGGCAAAAUGUUUGCAAACAAGAUAGUCUUGCCAGGUUACCGAUUGCCUGAGGAAUACAGAUGAUGCCUCUUUUUUAUUUAAUGUUUUUUAAUGUGUAACUUUAGUUUUUUCAAAAACUGGUAUAGAAGAUUUCAAAGAACUAGAAUCAGGGGAAAGAAAUUUGUGUGUUGGAUAGUGGAAAUGAAUAGCAUUGAAUAUUUGAAA